AUGAUUAUGGCGGCGGCGGACCAGCAAGGGGAAGGCUGCCCGGCCAAGAGGUGCGGGGACUUCACCAUCUCUCAUCCAUUCUGGCUCGCUGACAACAAGACCGGAAGAUCAUGUGGCCCCUUGGAUUUUGAGGUCAUUUGCCGUAGCAACGGCAGCCCAGUCCUUCGGAGCUCUGGGGACGACGGAUUUGCAAUCAUCCGCAUCACCUACGAGGAACGGAGUUUGCGCGUCGUCGAUCUAUACAAGCGGAAUCACUUGCACAACAACACCAACAGCUGCCAUGUUCCGAGCUGGAACGCCUCCGACCAACUGGGCCGCCUGUUUAGGGUUGAACCCAUCAAUCUGAAGCUCGUCUUGUACAAUUGCACGAAGGCGGAGGCGGCGGCGGUGGCACGUCAGGACAGGGCGCUGAUGCCGAUAAGAUGCGGCAACAAGAGCAACGCAUUUGUCCGCGCAGGAGGGCGUUAUGAUGGUACCGAUGACUAUGCCAGAUACCAUAUGGAAGGCUGUGAAGCCACCGUCGUGCCGGUGCUGGGCGUUCAUGGCAUGGCGAAUGCGAGCAACUACGAGCAGCUUAUCAGUGGUGGAUUCCUCCUCACAUGGCAGACCGGUAAGCUUGCUUCUCAAAUUAGCACUUCUUUUCGCUCCGUGGAAUCUUGUAUUACCUACUCCCUCCGUCCCGUAAUAUAA